AUGGCAUUGGUGGAAAAGGGAAGAGCAGCUGAUGUCAUCUACCUGUACCUGUGCAGAGCCUUCCACACUGUCCUGCAUGACAUCCUGGUAUCAAAACUGGAACAGUACGGACUGGAUGGAUGGACCACUCGUUGGCUGUUCACCCCUGGCAGCAACUUGGGGGUCCUGCUGGGGGAAGCCCAGGGCUGCCUCCUUCCCUGCCCCCUGGAGCUGUGUCUGCUUCUGGAGGAGAGGAAUCCUCUGACCUUCUCCUGUCCCUCUGCAGCAGGAAGGCAGGAAGGGAGCCCAGCUCCAGUGCUGGGCUGUCCCAAGGUUGGGUACCACCGGGUCUGCUACCACCUCCCAAGGGAGGAGGGGAACUGGGAGUGGAGCCUGGAGCACUGGUCCUCCCUUGGGGCCUCGCUUGCUGUGCCCCAGAGGGACUGGGAAUUGGAGUUUCUUGGGUGCCUCAGGGGCAACACUGAUGAUUGGCGGGGGCUGAAGAGAUGGGAUGAGCACCUGGAGUGGAAUCCUAGGGGGGUGCUGAGAAGAUGGUCUCUUCCUGAGCCGUGGACAUCCCAGGAGUGCCAGGUGCUCCCAGCUCUGGCCUCAUCUCUGCAGCAGGGCCCCAGCUCUGCUGGGGCACAACUGGUGGAGAAAGGACCUUCCCCGGGCUCAGCACUUGCAGCUUCAUCUCUUGCCUGGUGCUCUGGGUUGCUCCUGAUCUCCACAGACACUCCCUGCCAGGCCUCAGGGAGAGAAGUGGUAGGAAGGGGAGGCACUGGAAGCUGCUGUGGAGCUGCCUGGACCUGGGGUUAGGCAAGGAGCUGGUUUCCUUCUCCUCCUGGGACCAUCCCAGGAGUCACUUUGUGUCUUUCACAGUUUUUAACUACCCGAUUUAUUUCAAAAAGGUGAAGCAGCAGCUGCUGGAUACGACAGGUGCAGAAAGCUUGGCCGAGGUCCCACCACCCUGCAGGGCAGAGGGGACGUCUCCAGGGUGGGACGUGGCCCUUGGGAGGCACCUGUGAGGGUGGCUCCAGCUGGGAUUAUUUAAUUAAUCCAUGAUAAAACAUGUGACCUCC